GAGUUGGCCAUUAAAACAUAGAUGUAAGUUAGUUUAAGUUUACCAUUAAAUCAAAGGUGGGCAUUAACUAGUUACACAGUUAAAGCAAAAUUAAUAAGUUCAUUUUUUAUGUUUGUGUACUAUUAAGUUAUGGCUUAAUUUUCUAAAUGUUGACUUAACUUACUUACUUAAUUAACUGAAGUUCAUUUUUUUACCUUUGCCAUAAAUUAAUAAUUGUUAAUGUUAUACCCAAGUUAUUAAUAUAUAGUUAUUGUUUUAGGAUAAUGUAACAUCAAGAUGUAUAAUAUCAAAACCAGAUAUUGGAUCAUUCAUUGGGAAAACUAACGUAAAUGAUUUUAUUAAAAAGGCCAUACUUGAAGACCAUUGGUACCCACCUGAAAACUAUAUUUUUCCAUAUUCUGAACAACUUCGUGGUGGUAAACUUAAGAAACGGUCACCGUCAUUUGUUCAUUUGAAACAAUUUCAUUGGUUGGUUAUGUCUGAUGUAGCUCAUGGAUUAUUUUGUAAAUACUGUUUUAUAUUUGCAUCAUAUAAUAAUUGCCUUCAAAAUCUCGUAAUAAAACCACUUCAAAAAUUUUCAAAGUUGACUGGCAAAGAUGGUGUUCUUAGUGUUCAUAAUAAUAACAAGUAUCACUUAAAUGCUGUAAGAGCUGGAAAAGACUUUUUGAAAACUUAUUCAUGUCCUAAAAAACAAGUAAUUAAUCAAAUUUCUACUCAGAGACUUGAACAAGUUAAAGAAAAUCGUGAACGACUCCGACCAAUCAUCGAAACUUUAAUUUUUUGUGGACAACAAAAUAUUGCAAUAAGAGGUCAUAGAGAUGACGGUAAAUUAAUUGAUAUUGAUAACUCUGAAAGUUCUCCUACUUCUAAUGAAGGAAAUUUCAGAGAAUUGUUGCGCUUAAGAAUACGUGCUGGUGAUGUAAGUUUAAAAAAGCAUUUGGAAAAUACUUCCUCUCGAGCCACGUACAUAGGAAAGAAUAUUCAAAAUGAACUCUUGGACUGCAUUGGAAGUGUCAUUAAAUCUCAAAUUGUUAAAAAUGUUCAAAAUGCUGGUUUCUAUUCAAUCAUGUUCGAUGAAACUUCAGACAUAUCUUGUGUUGAGCAACUUAGCUUAACUUUGAGAUAUGUCAUUAAUAAUGAAAUCCAUGAGGAUUUUGUGUGUUUUGUGGAUGCUUAUAGAUCCAUAAGGACAAAUGAUGUAUUAGCUUCUGGAGAAACCAAACUCACUGGAGUGGCUCUUGGUCACAUUGUUUUAGAUAUUUUAACUAAUGAUUUGGGACUUGAUUUAAAACGUUGUGUUGGAGUGGCCACUGAUGGUUGUGCUGUAAUGGUAUCUGAAGAUUAUGAAGCAGUUACUACAAUAAAGAAAAAGUGUUCAAUUGCAGUUUACUGUCCUUGCUAUAAUCAUGCAUUGAAUAAUUCAUUGGCACAGACUUCUAAAAUUGUGCCCAUAAGGAAUACAAUAGGAACUCUAAAGGAAAUAAUUGCAUUUUUUAAUGCAUCAGCUAAAAGGCACUUGGUAUUGAAGAAUAUUUCUACAAAAAUACUUACAGGACUGUGUCAAACAAGAUGGAUAGAGAUGCACGAUGGUGUUCUACAGUUUAAAUCUGCUCUUCCAAAGGUUAUUGAAGCACUUACAGACAUUUCUAACUGGGCUGAUCGAAUUUCUUCUUCGAAAGCUUCUAUAUUAUUGGCAGCUAUAUGCAACAGUGAUUUUGUCAUUUCCCUUUUGUCAACUGCUGAUAUUUUGAAAUUAACGCUGCCAGUAUCUCGACUCCUUCAAACAUCAUCAUUAGAUUUAGCUAAUGCUUCGUCCGCAAUAGAAGGAAUCAAAGAAAUAUUUCAGGAAAAACGUACGCUGUGUGUAGGUGAAUUUCAUAAAAUUUUCUUGGAAGCUAGUAGCUUAGCAGAAGAAAUUGGAUGUGAAAUCAAAAUGCCAAGAAGAGCAAAAGCACAAAUACACCGUAAUAAUUAUCCAGCGACGGAUGCUGAACAAUUUUACUUGCGUAGCAUUUACGUUCCAUUAUUAGACACUAUAAAUUUGGAUAUAACCAACAGGUUAUCAACAGACACAUUGGAAGCAUUUGAUUUGCGUUUACUUAUGCCAAAUAUUAUUGUUAAAUUAAAUGACAUUGAUGGUUGGGACCGACAAAGAAUAUCUGUGAGAAUCAUUGCAGUAGCAAAAAAGUUUUCUCCACUCUUCACUGUUUCCGAAAAUUUAAUGGUUGAUAUGUUAGAAGGUGAAAUUAGUCUGUGGCUUCACAAAUGGAAACAACAACCAAUUAAUGAACGUCCAUGUACAGCUUUGGAAUCGUACAUGCAAUGUGAUGAAGAUAUGUUUCCAACUAUUAGAACAUUAAUGCAAGUAUUAGCAACUCUUCCUGUAAGCGUUGCCUCUGCCGAAAGGAGUUUCUCCACACUUAGGAGAGUUAAAACCUGGCUUCGUUCAAGGAUGACUGAAGAUAGAUUAUCAGCAUUAUGUCUUAUCAAUGUGUAUAACAAUUUAGAUGUUAUAAAUGAAAUAGAUCGUAUAAUUGAUAUUUUUGCAAAUUCUAAAAAUAGAAGAAUGGAAUUUGUGUUGUAAAAUUUUUGUUUUUUUUUUUUUUUGAAAAUUAUGAC